CCUCAAAAUGUCCUCGUCACCAACCAAUUCGCAGGACAGUCCCGAGAGGAAAAAACGUCGACUAGGCCCCUUCGACGAAGUACUUCCACCUUGUCCUUACGGUGAAAAAUGUUACAGGAAGAACCCGAAACACUUUGACGAGUUUAGCCAUCCAUGCAAUUGUCGAUUAGCUUCAGCCGUGAAAGGGUUUAUUAUUCAAAGUUUUCAGCCGCAUCUAAGCCUAGUCCAACAGCAACAGGCCACCACGUCUCACGAACUACCAGUGAACAACUGUUCCUCAACGGACUCCGACCUUAUCGAUCAGAUGGCCAAAGAAUUCGGAUUUUACUUGUUCCGGUGCCCUGGUGUGAAGUAUCGUAAUAUCCCAACAAUAACGUUAAAAGUAUCUUUGUAUCUGGUUUUCAAUCUAAUUUCAGAAAUUUUCCAUCAAAAGCAUGGAGACCUGGUCAGUUCUGCGCAGUUUAACUACAUGUUUGACGUUGAUUGGCUAAUGCAACAGUAUCCGAAACAAUUCAGAUCCUGCCCAUUGCUGUUAGUCCAUGCGUAUCACGGCGAAGACAAAGCCGCACUGAAUUCCGUAGUCUCCAAGUAUGAGAACAUUCGGCAGUGCGUGGCACACAUACGCCUACCAUUUGGGACUCAUCACACGAAAAUGAUGUUCCUAAAGUAUGCGGAUGGGCUCCGAGUUGUCAUCCACACGGCAAACAUGAUUCCGGAUGAUUGGGAUCGAAGAACGCAAGGAAUAUGGUUAAGUCCAAAACUGCUCCGUAAGAGUGGUACGUCAUCCGAAACGGAUUCCGAUACGAAAUUUCGUGAAAAUCUUGUCAAUUACCUACGUGGAUAUGGUUCGACUGUUGCUGGUACUCCCAGCUCACCAUUGGGCGAGUGGAUUGAAGAGUUGCAUCAGUAUGAUUUCAGCCCCAUUCGGGUAUUCCUUGUCGGCUCGGUGUCUGGCAUGCAUGCUGGGUCCUCUCUGAGACAAUUUGGUCACCCCAGACUAGCCAGUUUACUUCGGGACUACACUCUUGAAGUACCCUCAUCGUGGCCUCUGAUUGGUCAGUUUUCGAGCAUAGGCUAUCUGGGUGCGCAGCCCACUACGUGGUUAACAACUCAGUGGUCAUCAAGUUUGGCUGGUAAAGGUGCUCGGGGUCUGCGAAUGAUUUUCCCGUGUGUGGAUGAUGUACGCAACAGUUUGGAGGGAUAUGCUGCUGGCGGUUGCCUCCCCUACAGCCGACAGACAGCUGAAAAACAGUCUUGGCUUCGACAAUUUCUACACCGAUGGCGCGCUGGCCCACAUAGUCGAGCGGCUCCACACAUCAAAUCCUACACACGCAUAUCAAAUGACGGAACGCAUGCUAGCUGGUUUUUGUUAACUAGUGCGAACUUGUCCAAAGCCGCUUGGGGUUCAUUCGUAAAGGAUGGAAGUCAACUUAUGGUUCGAUCAUAUGAACUGGGUGUUCUGUUCGUUCCGGGACGGUUUCAAGAGAAAGCCAACUGCUUCCGUCUCGUUACUCCUUCUCGAUUAGCAACACCUUUGGAUGCACUGAAGCAAAUACCUGGUCUGAGAACACACCACAUCCCUUUUCCAGUACCAUACGAUUUACCUCCAGUUCUCUAUGACACCGAUGACGAUCCUUGGGUAGUCGAUGUUCGCUAUUCGGAACCCGAUGUUUUUGGCCGAUUCUGGAGACCGAAGUAAAAGCUCUCCACCCAGUGCAUUCUAUCACUCGGACCGUAUGCAGCUGAACUACCCGAUAUUUGUCUAUCCCUUCGGUUAGACUACUGAAUCCAUUGUGUUUCCUGAACUUUCCACUUUUGAUAUCUCAAGAUCCAUGGGCAUGGUUGUAGCAAAUUUAAGAGCCA